CACGCUUAACGCAAACCACACACAACACAACCUCCAAAAAAAUGGCCUGCAUUGCCUCCUCCUUCACCGGCUCCGUCGCGGCCCUCAAGGCGACCAAGAUCCAGGCCAAGUCUGUGUCCAAGGUCAUCAAGGCCGACAUCUACCCCGAGUUCGGCACCUACCCCGGCGGCGGCGAGUCCCCCAUCAUCCCCUUCGGCUCCGAGAAGAACGCCGAGCGUGAGGUCAUCCACGGCCGCUGGGCGAUGCUCGGCGUGACCGGUGCCUGGGCCGCCGAGAACGGCACCGGCAUCCCCUGGUUCACCGCCGGUACCCUCUGCACCCCCGACGACUGCACCGCCGUCGCGGACAAGUUCCCCGGCGCCGUCGCUCCCCUCGCCCCCGAGGGCUCCGGCUACCCCUCCUUCUGGGCCGUCCUCGCCAUCGAGGUCGUCCUCGUCGGCCUCGCUGAGGCUUACCGCACCGGCCUCUCCGACCCCGUCUUCGACGAGCUCACCGUCGGUGACGUGUCCCCCGGUGGCCGCUUCGACCCCCUCGGCCUCGCCGAGUCCGGUGACCUCGAGGAGCUCAAGAUCAAGGAGCUCAAGCACUGCCGCCUCUCCAUGUUCGCGUGGCUCGGCUGCAUCAUGCAGGGUCUCGCCACCCAGGAGGGCCCCAUCGCCAACUGGCAGGCGCACGUCGCGGACCCCGUCCACGCCAACGUGCUCACCAACGCCGCCUCCGGCUUCGGCUUCUACUAAAUUGUGCGACCUCGCACGAUGGUAGUCCGUCCUGUUGUACCACUUGACUCUAGCGUUAGGUAGUUAGCCAAGGGAGAGUUGUAACAAAGCUUCUCGCUUCCACAAGUCUU